AUAUCUGAAUGAUAAAGUGUUUUUAAAGAGACCAAGGAGAACGCACCAGAGACGAGCUGAGGGAAUAAAUUGUGUAAUUGAUUUAUUUCGUAAUUAACACGAAAUGACCAUUAGUGUUCACUGGCCAGCACUAGCUGGGGUGAUUCACCCGAAUAUAGGGGGUUGGGCUGGGGCAGUCAUCACCAGGAGGAAUAUCAACCCCUGGUACGAGUCGCUGAAGAAGCCGUCCUGGACACCACCCAAAUGGGCAUUUGGUCCGGCCUGGACUUCGAUUUAUUGCUCCGUGGGAUAUGCCUCUUACUUGGUGCAUCGGGAUGGAGGGGGUUUCAAGGGUGCUGUCCUUCCUCUGUCCAUUUAUGGGGCUAAUCUCGCCCUCAAUUGGGCCUGGACACCGAUUUUCUUUGGUUGUCACAACAUCAAAAUCGCCCUCUAUGAAAUCGUCGUCCUCUGGGGAUCGACCAUUGCCCUCGCGGUAGCUUUUCAUCAGGUGAAUCCAGUAGCUGGAUAUCUCGUUCUGCCUUACAUCGCCUGGAAUACUCUGGCAACAGCUCUCAAUUAUGUUAUCUAUCGUGAUAACCAGGAGACUCCAGCGAUCGAAGAUAAGAAAAAUUAGAUGCACCAGGUGCCUUGACAUUCCCAACACAUUCCAGUUCACAAGUUUCCCCUAGAUAUUUUUAACAAAACGAAUAAACGAAACAGAGGUAAUUGGGGUAAAAUGAACACUAGACUUUUUUUUUUAAUAUUCAUAAUUAUUAUUUUUCCCAAAAAAAAGCCAAUUUCAAAUCAAAUCAAUGAGUAAAUAAUUCAGAAAUUUCAGAAUAGUCAAGUGAGAAAAUGAACUUCUCCAGUUACAUGUCGAGUAAUGGGAAAAAAA